AUGAAGUUGUUUGCAGCAUCCAUCGUCACCCUUCUUGCUCUUUCCGCUGUCGAAGCCCACACUAUUUGUGGCGGAGACGAUCAAGGAGAAGUGAUCACCCGAACCACAGUGGGCAGAGCCAAGGAAAACCAUUCUGAGGAGCACACAAUGCCUCCUACCGAUGGAGACAGUAUCUAUGGUGGUGCCGAAAGCAGUACUAACUACAGGGGCAAAACCGCUGCUCGCGAUGGAGAGGAUGUCGAUGGAAAGAUGAUUAUGCCUGACUCCUACGACGUUAAUCACCAGAAGGGUCCGGCCUCUGGUCCUAACAAUGCUAAAUCCAGCGGUCGCGAUGGAGAGGAUGUCGAUGGAAAGAUGAUUAUGCCUGACUCCUACGACGUUAAUCACCAGAAGGGUCCGGCCUCUGGUCCUAACAAUGCUAAAUCCAGCGGUCGCGAUGGAGAGGAUGUCGAUGGAAAGUAUACUAAGGUGGACCCGGCAGUAUUUGAUCGUCCCGACCACAACAUCAAACCGGUCACUGGUCCGGACACUGGUCCGUUUAAGUUCAGCGGUCGCGAUGGUGCUCCUGCUUCUUGUUACAUCGAGGAUUCCGAAGCUGCUAGUCAAUGUGUCGACGAAAAUGACUGGAAAGACCCUGCUUCUGCUGGUUGUGCAUGGUACGAAUACUUUGAAGAUGAAAAUGGUCCAGAUAAACGAGUUUGCGAAACACUUGCAGAUUUUGCAAACGAGGGUCAAAAGUCACCGUGCGAAGCUUGCUGUAUUUGCAAGUACUGGUAA